AUGAAAAUGGUAGCGCAACUAAAACUGCCGAGACGAACGAAUAAAAAAACUUUUCAAAGUGGAAAGUUGCAAAGAGAUAAAAACAACCAACAAGCACAGUCCAUAACAAUGUCUACUACAUUCAAUGUGUUGAGAUAUUCCGCUUUAGGAGCUGGAGUUUUCUAUGGAGCUUAUCACAGAUACUCAUUAGAAUCAUCAUUUGCCAAACAACAAGCUGCCAAACAAUGGAAACACGAAGAAAAAUUAAUUGCUCAAGCUAAAGCUGAAUAUCAAAAAUUAACCAACCCACAAGUAGUAAAACCAGCUACUUCUACUCCAGGUUCUAUCAAUUGGGAAGAUCCAAACUUGGAUUUAGGUAAAGCUUUGGAAUCAUUGAUUGCAACUUUAGAUUAA